UUUUUGACUUUGUUGAAUUUCUAUUUCUAUACUAUUCCUAAUCUCGGCUCCAUUUGAGAGCUCAAGAAGCAAACAAGAUCAAGGCAAAAAAGUUGUCUUUCUUUCCCAUUUCUGAACUUUGUCGAGUGGAGCCUCAAGGCCCAUUUCCCAAUUCCCAAACACCCACCGCUCGCUCUCUCUCUCUCUCUCUCAGCCUUCAGGUGGGUGCAGUUAUCACCACAGGGAUCUGUCUUCUCUCCCUCUCUCUCUUCAGUCUGCAAUAGCAAAGAUCAAAGGUUAUCUAUCAAAGGUAUCAACUUGAAGUUUCAACCAUACUAGCAAAUGGCUACUUCCUUGGUACAGUACAAUAAGACUAUGAAAAGGACAGAAUCAAGAAAGUCUCAUUCCUGGUGGUGGGAUAGUCACAUUAGUCCCAAAAACUCUAAAUGGCUUCCAGAGAAUCUCGAGGAGAUGGAUCGGAGCAUCAAGCGGAUGUUGAAGCUGAUUGAAGAGGAUGGGGAUUCAUUUGCGAAAAAAGCCGAAAUGUAUUAUCAAAAGAGGCCUGAAUUGAUUGCUCAUGUUGAAGAAUUUUAUCGCUUGUACCGGUCCCUGGCUGAACGCUAUGAUCAUGUGACAGGAGAGCUGCGGAAGAAUGUGACCUUGGAUCUCCAAUCCCAGAGUUCAUGCCUUUCUGACAUUGGUUCAGAACUGCCAUCUGCAUGGCCGUCUCCUGACGUACAACCCCAAAGGCUCGGUCGUCGGAGAUCUGGCCCUCGUGCUGCUGGCUUUGAUUUCUUCCUUGGCCCUGGUGUAAGCAGCUCGGAUAAUUACCAGAAAGAGGGAGACGAAUCAUCUUCAUUAACCGAUUCCGAGCCAGAAUCUGAUGAUUCGUCAGUCAAUAAUUAUUCAACUCCCUUAGGAAAUGGUGGUGAUCAUGGGCAGAUGAGAAAGAUAAUUGAAUUGGAAAUUGACCUUCGUGAAGUGAAGGAGAAGCUCCGGAUGCAACAGGAAGAUAAUACAGAUAGUUCAUUCACAGGUUCAAAAACUGAUCAUUCUGAAGGAUUUUCUGCAAAAAUUGCAGAAUAUGAGCAAGAGCUGACAACUGCAAAUGAAAAAUUACGGAACUCAGAAGAAGAGAUUGCCAGGUUGAACAUCAAGCUCAAAAGGUACGAGUCCUCAGAACUUAAUAAUGGUUUUGAUGCUGCACUUGAAACAUCAAAACAGAAAGAGGCCAAGAGGGAUGAGGGUGAGCAAGACAUCAAGAUAAAUGAAAUGUCAGAGGUUCAUAAAAGUGUUGGUGGGCCGGAAGAAGUUAAAGACCGAGAUAGCAAGAUGGAGGCAUUGAUGAAAGAGCUUAAAAUCACGAAAGAUAGACUUCAGAUAUCAGAGAAAGAGAUUGCAAGUUUGAGACAUCAACUUGAGAGUAAUAAAGCCUCUGAGGAAAUCCAGCGGUUGCAAGGUCAGCUUGAAUCCGCUAACAAGGAUAUUUCCAUGUGGAGAGCAAAGCUCAACUCAGAGAAAAGAGAGGUGUCCAAGCUGCAGGAACGAAUUACAAGGUUAAAAAGUAGUUUAUCAGACCGGGAUCAUGAGGUCAUGGAUUUGAAAAUAGCAGUAUCUGAUGCUGAGGAGAAGAUUUUCCCAGAAAAGUCACAGGUUAAGGCUGAAAUAUCCCGAUUGCAAUCAGAACAGACACACUUAGAGGACCAGCUUAGAGACUGGGAAUCUCGUGGCCGGUUGUUGGAGGAUGAAAUCAGACAGAUGAAGUCUGGAAAAACAGAAAUGGAGGAGAGACUUAAUGGAAAAAUCGAGCAGUUAAAGGAAGACAUCCUUGAGAGAAGCAAUCAAAUGGAGAAUUUAAACACGACCCUUGAUGCUAUGAAAAUAGAAAGAGAUGAGCUUAAUACCAAAGUAGUAACACUUAAAGCAGAGGCGAGUUCUCGAGAUGAUCAGAUCAAUGAGAUGGACAAGAAUUUGCAACAAAUACAAACAGAACAUCAAGAACUGCUCGACGGGGCUGAAGGGGCACAUAAACUGGUGGAGGAGCUGACAGCAAGAGCGAAAGAACUCGAGGAGGAGAUUCAGAGGCAAAGAGUUACGAUUAUGGAAGGAGCAGAAGAAAAAAGAGAAGUUAUAAGGCAGCUGUGCUUCUCUCUUGAACAUUAUAGAAAUGGAUACCAUAGACUCCGACAGGCUUGCAUGGGGAACAAGCAGCGAGUUCCAGUUUUGGCAUCUUAAGCUAGAUAUAAAUUAUGUGAUCAUAGUUUGUAAAAUACAUGUUAUUUGAGUGCCUGUUUCUCUAUGUAGGUUGGAAAUUAAAUCCCCCAGCCUAGUGUUGUGCUGUAGACCAUGCUCCCAUGGUUAUAUUGAUGGUUUGUGUAGAGUAUGCAGAUAUAGAUGCAGGAGGGUCCUAUCUAAGGGCCAUUUGAGUCACUGGCUUGCCCUCAAAAGGUGGGUGGAGAGAGGGCAAAAAAGUAUGUGAGUUUGGUGUUUUGGGUUGGAUUGGCGCAAUUGAACUUUGUGUUUUGCAAACUUUUUCUGACA